AAAAUCAGACUAGAUUAUCAGAUUAGAUUCCUUCAUGCUGGUAGGAAUGACAAUUAAAAAUAAGGCUUUUGUCUUUGCUGUUCAUAAUGGAUACUGAAGAGCUAAGGCUUUGAUUUCCAUAGAUUCAUGCUAUGUACAGGCAGGGGACCCUGGUGCACAGCUAUAGGAUGACUUACAGGAGGAAAGGGAUCAGCUGAUUGAGAACUCCUCUAUAACUGACAGUGGAGAGCUCCUCAGCUGAAGCCGGAGAGACAGACACAUUCAGACAGGGAAGAGAAAGGUUAGGGAUAAGAACUGCACUCAAGCAAGAAGGACACAGCUCAACCCAAUACUGUGGGCAAUGCUGGAGAGCACAGAAAGUCACAUGCUAAUGUCAUUCUCUUGUGGAUAAUAAGUAACCUGAGGAAUUAAGUGUUUUAAGUCAUUCUGCCUCUACAAAUAACAGGUCACUGAAACAUCACCAAAAGGUAUGCAUCUGAGAGAACUGAACAGAAUGGGCUUUCAUUUUACCCCCCCGGAAAGCAGAAAUUACACUAAAACAAUAGAAAAAAAGGACAAAGGAAAUUAAUCUCAAAACACCCCCCGAAAAAAUUUAGUAUCGAAAUCACAGCCUCCCAGGGGUGACAACAAUUGUGAGCAGACAUGACAGAAAACAGCAGCAGGAUUGAAACCCCCACCAAUAUUUCUCUGGUCUCCAAUAUAGACCAGGUCUUAGGAUCCAUUGAGUACAAGACCGUCUCAGUGUUUCUGGUGCUCGUUAUCUGUGGGGUUGGCAUCAUUGGCAACAUCAUGGUGGUCUUGGUGGUCCUGACUACACGGCACAUGAGGACGCCCACUAACUGCUAUCUGGUCAGCCUGGCGGUAGCCGAUCUCAUGGUCCUGGUGGCUGCUGGGCUUCCUAACAUUUCUGACAGUCUGGCUGGAACGUGGGUCUAUGGACAUGCAGGCUGCCUUGGAAUAACCUACUUCCAGUAUCUGGGAAUUAAUGUGUCAUCUUCCUCUAUUACUGCUUUCACUAUAGAAAGAUACAUCGCUAUCUGCCAUCCAAUGAGAGCCCAGACGGUGUGCACGGUUUCGAGAGCCAAGCGCAUCAUCGGCGGGGUCUGGAUUGUGACCUCGGUCUACUGCAUGCUUUGGUUCUUCCUGGUCGACAUCCACGUUAGCAAGGAGGGUCACGUGGAGUGCAGCUACAAGGUCUCCCGGGAUCUCUACCUGCCCAUCUACCUCAUCGACUUCACCAUCUUCUACGUCGUCCCCUUGCUCUUGGCCAUCGUGCUCUACGGCCUGAUCGCCCGCAUCCUGUUUCUUAGCCCCAUCCCUAAUCGCGCUGACACCGCCACGACCCUGCGCAAGGGGGACCGGAGUCAGAAGGACAAGCCCGGGACGCAGGGGGGCGGUGGCAAGUCCCCCAACCGCCCGCGGACCAAAGGUGCAGUGUCCUCGAGAAAACAGGUGACCAAAAUGCUGGCCGUCGUGGUGAUCCUCUUUGCCCUGCUGUGGAUGCCAUAUCGCACCCUGGUGCUGGUGAACUCCUUCAUGAAGGAACCCUACUUGAACUCCUGGUUCCUCCUCUUCUGCCGCAUGUGCAUCUACGCCAACAGUGCCAUCAACCCGGUGGUGUACAACCUGAUGUCCCAGAAGUUCCGGUCUGCCUUCAGGAAGCUGUGCAAGUGCCAGGAGGAGGAGAACCAGCGGCGCACUAUGUGCAUGACCCCCACCAGCUACAGCAUGGUGAGGGACACGGUGACCGCAAGUCCAGAGGCCAACGGCAAGAAAGAGGAGAAAAGGCACGAGAAACGAGGGAAAGAGGUCAGCUUCCAAAACGAACAGACUGUAGUGAAAAAGGACGAGGAGCUCUACUUCAGUGUAGUUUAGCCUUCUGCCUUGCAGAGGGACUGCUUUGUCAAGCAACAGGCAAGAACUACAUCCUUUGCCAGAUGUGUGAUGUACUGUAAGAAGGCCCACAGAAGGGAAAAGCACUUUCUGAGGAGCAAACACAAAACUUUGGGCUUUGGGAAGUCCCCACAUCUUUCAUGUUUGUCAAGAACAAAAGCCUUCAAACAACACUAUAGGAAGAAAAGCGUGCAUAGCAGUGAAAAUUGCUUAUUUAAUUUUAAAAAAUGAUCAACAUGAAAGAUCACUCCAAGAAAAAAUGUAACCAUGUUAAGAGAAUUGUUCUACAGCAGUCCAUUCUCAAAAUUCACCUUCAUGAACUGAUAUCCAAACCAUUGAUUUUUUUGCUAAAAGACGAACAGGCACCACUGGCCAACUGAAAAAUUGCAUGGUUGACACAAAGCAUCACGUUUUUGCAGAUGACAGUAUCUAAUAAAAACAACACCACUUGGUGUUAUCAGAUAAAUCCAGAACAAGUGACUUUACCAUUGAGAGAACCAGCAGCAUUUCCCCUCGUGAGAUGCCCUUCAAGGAAAAUGUUAAUCUGGAAGCAUGACAAAGCUGCUUUUUGAACAUCCUGCACAUAAAAUGAAGGACUAAUGUCAGGCUUGGAUGGGUUUGCACGAUAAGCGUUGACACAUCAUUCAUCAUAAUGAUGUCAACUAUAUGAGUUGCUGCUGCUGUGUGGCGUAUAAUUGCUGUCUUGGCCAUCAAGUCUGCAGCCUCCCAGCAGCUCAAGGUAAAGACACAUCACCUCUUCUGCAACAGCUCGACCCCCCAAAGAGCUGCAGUUCUCAUGAGAGAAAAAGCUGAAAAAGCCUGAACUUGCUGUGUACAAUAGUGAUUUUACUAGUCAAUGUUAUUUUCACACUGUUUCUCAACUCUCUCAGGGUGUGGCCCAGAUCCAGAUGAAAAAGCACACCGCAUCUCCUAGGUCUUAACUUUUACUGCGCACAAGAACAGAAUGGAUAAUUUAAAAAAUGCAUUCUAGGAAGGAAUCCUCAGUUUGUAGUUUGUAGCUAUGUUCAUGAACAAUGUGCCUACUGUAUCUGUUUUUCAAGAAUAUAGAAGUUGAUAAAAAAGCAGUUUGUAACAAUUCCUCAGUUUAAGAAGAAGAACAGAAAACAAGGAAGCUUUCUACAAUCAAAAUUAAACACAGCAAUGCUGUGGCAGCACAAUGUUUUGUCCCAGGUUCCUCCUGUAGCGAGCUAAUGUUAGGAAGACCAUCUGUCUCUUAGCAGGAGCAGUAGAAAAUGAAAUGGUUCCUGCGAUGCAUAAAAAAGGAAAUAGUUUGUAAACUGAUUAAUUCAGCCAUGCAUGUAAAGCAGUUCAGAAUGAGAAGAAAAAGGUGGAAUGUUGAUGCAGCAACAGAGAUUCUCACAGAAGAUGUAUGAUAUAUAAUAAGAGAAAAUAUGUUCUAUAUAUAUAUACUUGGUAUAUGCAGUAUUGUAUAAAAGUAGCGGAAAAUACAGAGCUUAGGGAAUAAAGAGGGGUUACAAACAACAGCAGACCAUUCAGGCAGUCUUGCUCAUCAAGCUGUUUUUAGCAAAGUUCACCUAAGAAUACCUUUACAUACAACUCACAUACUGUACUGUACAAGUGGUUAUAAAGUUAGUGGACUCAGUUAAGCAUCAGAUUUGUGAAAACAGUGAGAAUAAGAAGAACACAACCCCUUUGGCAAUGACACCACACCACAGAAGAUAUUUAAUUGACCCUCCAUUUGUAUUCAUGAUGCCUUGAUUACAUAUUCCAGUGGACAGUGUGUUCCCUAUAGACCUCAUUGUAACAGUACCAAAUUAUAUGUUCCAGGAAGCACAUAAAAACUCCUCAUGACAGUCAUUUGAAAAGGACAAAUAACUUUAUAAGCACCCUCUAUUUUAUCUAUAGUAAACAUACAAAAUAUUUACAAACGAUACCUAAAGAAACCAACAUCAUUUUAAAAGUUUUUUAAGUUAAACUUUCAGAAUGUUAUCUUAUUCAUUAUGAUUACACAAAUUAUGAGCGUACUGAAAGCUUGUUACUUCAAUGUUGUGUUAUCAGUAUUUUGUCUCAGUCUUCAAUAAUGUGCUUGAAGAUGCAUUUCAGUAUUACAAAGGGAAAACUUUCUAUGUAAAUAUAUGUUUUAUAUGCAUGCUGUAUUCAUGUUUAUGGUUUCCCCAAAAUUAAUAAAUUUGAGCAAAUGAAAAACAAAACAUACUCCAUAGUUUAUUUUAUCUUAAAACUUUUAAAGAAAAUUUGUGCUGACAUUUCCCAGAAUCUAUAAGAGGAGUAUGGUGUAUGCAGCUAAUGGAAUGCAGAUGUGAUUAAAUAUAUUUCUAAGACUAUACUUCUAAAAAUAAGUAACCAUUUUUAAAAAUUCUUACAACACAUUUUGAUAUUGGAUUACGAAAAUGCAAUUACAAAAAUGUACUUAGCUGAAUUAAAUUGGAAAUACAGUCCAAUGGGUGCAUUUCUUUCUUUUAUUUUUAACAGUUCUGGAUUUGAGCAUUUCUGGAGUUCAGUGCCGUCUUCGUGUUUUUUACUCCCUCAGGGUGUGUUCUAGAAGGAA